CCCCCCUUCUCUAGCACUCGGUGCGGGCAGCAGUUACCGACUUACCGCCACAGGUUUCCCCGGCUUCUCUACUUAUCCCGCAUGGAGCCUGCGCUGUGAAGUCUAAAGUUCCCCCCCGCCGCUGCCGCCGGAGAAGAUGACGGGGAGAGGUCCGACUGAGAGGAGCUAGAGGUGGGGGGGCCGCAGGAGUUACAUGAGGCCGGUUACCCGCGGGCAACGCACACCCGGAUUUACUCAGAGUUGGGCGCUUUCGACAUGUCGGCGAUCUCUGCCGCCGAGAAAGUGGACGGUUUCACGCGGAAGUCCGUGAGAAAGGCGCAGAGGCAGAAACGGUCGCAGGGCUCGUCCCAGUUCCACGGGCAGGGGCCCCUGGUGGAGCUGUCCCCGCUCCCCCAGCUCAAAGAUGCCACGUCCGGGGACCAGCAGGAUCUCUUCUGUCAGAAGCUACAGCAGUGCUGUGUACUGUUUGAUUUUAUGGACUCUAUAUCCGACCUAAAGAGCAAAGAAAUCAAGAGAGCCACGCUGAAUGAGCUGGUGGAGUACGUGUCCACAAAUCGUGGAGUGAUCAUAGAGACUGCGUACCCCGAUAUCAUACGAAUGAUUAGUUCGAAUAUUUUCCGAACACUCCCUCCUAGUGACAAUCCAGACUUUGAUCCGGAAGAGGAUGAGCCGACAUUAGAAGUUUCAUGGCCUCACAUACAGCUUGUGUAUGAGUUUUUCCUGAGAUUUUUGGAGAGUCCAGAUUUUCAGCCUAGCAUUGCAAAGAGGUUUGUGGACCAGAAAUUUGUACAGCAGCUUUUGGACCUGUUUGACAGCGAAGAUCCCCGGGAGCGAGAUUUCCUCAAGACUGUAUUACAUCGGAUCUAUGGCAAGUUCCUAGGCCUAAGAGCGUUCAUCAGAAAACAAAUUAACAACAUUUUUCUCAGGUUUAUCUAUGAAACAGAACAUUUUAAUGGGGUUGCCGAAUUGCUUGAAAUAUUGGGAAGCAUUAUCAAUGGUUUUGCGUUACCGUUAAAAUCUGAACAUAAACAGUUCCUCAUGAAAGUCCUGAUUCCGAUGCACACGGCGAAAGGUCUGGCUUUAUUUCAUGCACAGCUUGCAUAUUGUGUUGUCCAGUUUUUGGAGAAGGACACCACCCUGACAGAACCAGUUAUUGGAGGAUUGUUAAAAUUCUGGCCUAAAACUUGUAGCCAGAAAGAGGUGAUGUACUUGGGGGAAAUAGAAGAAAUCUUGGAUGUCAUCGAGCCGACUCAGUUUAAAAAGAUUCAAGAACCUCUGUUUAAGCAAAUAUCGAAAUGCGUGUCCAGCUCUCACUUUCAGGUCGCCGAGCGGGCCCUCUACUUCUGGAACAACGAGUAUAUUCUCAGCCUGAUCGAGGAGAAUAUUGAUAAGAUCCUGCCCAUCAUGUUCGGCAGCUUAUACAAAAUCUCCAAAGAACACUGGAACCCGACAAUUGUAGCCCUGGUGUACAACGUGCUGAAAACGUUAAUGGAAAUGAAUGGGAAACUCUUUGAUGAGCUUACAGGCUCCUAUAAAGCAGAACGUCAGAGGGAGAAGAAGAAGGAGCUGGAGCGCGAGGAGCUGUGGAGAAGGCUGGACGACCUGCAGCUGAAGAAGGCCCUGGCCGAUCAGCCGAACAGUGCUUUUAGUGUACAGAACAAUACAAGUGCCAAAUAGACCACAUCAUGUCGACCUCUGCUUCAUAGGCAUACUUUUGUAUAUUUUUUUUCUGUUCUAUUUCCCCCCCUGAAAUUGUAAAGUAAAAGCCGAUUAUUAUAAUUUUUUUUUGUUAGGGGGGUGCAUCUCCCCUUCCUGAGAUCUGCUCCGCUGUGAGUGGGGGGUCAGCGAUUCAUUGCAGGGCAACUUGUUGCUGACCCCUCGGACAGCGGGCAUGUUAACCAGCUCUGUGUUACAGCGUUAGUCAUGAUUACUGGGGAGGAGAAUAUUAUUAUUUUUUUUUUUUUUUUUUUUUUUUCUUUUUUUUUUAUAACCUAUAAUUUGAGUGAGGUAAUUCUGGGGGUGGUGAGAAUUAUGACUUGAAUUCUUUAAUAUUAUUAUAUAUAUAUAUUUUUUGAUUGUGUUGCACAUAGGUGUAUUAGUCUGCUAUGUACAUUUUUCUUGUGUUAAUCUCUCUACUGUUCUGUGUUUGGAGGUUCUUAAGGCGCCCCCACGUCGGACACCCUCCGCGGUGGCGGCAGCCAUGUUUUAUGGGCAGAACCAGCAGUAUCCAUGAAAUGCAUCUCCCUGGGAACUGGUGCUGUAUCAGUAGACCCCACUGACUUCAUUUUUGGUUUGCUGAACCCAUGAUAGACCGCCAUUUAUCUCCCCCAUAACAGGUACACAUCAUUACUAUAGCUCUUGGCACUACUGUUUCUAUAGAAAAGGUACUUUCUUUUUGACUACCAGCCUUGUAAAUGCAGAUUUUUCUAUACUGAGCAAGUAGGGAAGUUUGGUUGGGGGGGAAGGGGGGUUGGGUUGUCUUUGCUCCAUUUCCUAAACCCCUGAGACAAUACGGCUUAUAGAAGUCUCCCGUACCGCAAGGUAGCUGCUCUGUUUCCUGCUGGGUUUAAAGACGCGCACAUGGAGUAGCCUUGCCAUUCAUUUGCGUUGUAGCAGUCACCUAUGCAAAUCAUUCCAGUGAGUAUUAGACAAUGUGUAGUGAGUGGCAAGGAAGUAUUAGUGACGUCUGUGUCCGUGCUGGUGUCGUGCACUUCUCCCCCAGUGAUCCUUUAAUGAGAUAAUAGCUUUACAAUAAUGUCUGUGUGCAGGCGGAGAUCAGCGGUGCAGGCGCUCCGAUGAGUAGAUGGCCCCCCCUUAGACAAUAGUUGCUUUACUUCUUCACUUCAGAGUUGUGUUUUUUAUUUUUUUAAAGCGGGCCUAGUUCUUUUGUGACGUCCUCCCAGUUGCCAUGCAACACGUAGCAGAGCCAGGUUUGUCAUUUGAUACAAUUCAGCUCUGCUACAUCUCUGCAUAAUGCAAGUAGCUUUUGCACGAGCCGACAGGUUGCGACAGUCUAGGCUUGACCGCUCGCACAAUAGCUGCAUUGAAUUUUUGCAUUGGCAGCCGAUCUAAUGGAAAUGAUGCAAUAGUUGAUAGAAUUGUAAAUGAUUUUAUUACACACGUGGGGAUUGGACGGUUAAUCCUACAGCGGUGCUUGUUUGGUUAGGGAUUAUCACUGACCCGUGUGUCCUCUGUCACACAUUGGGGAUCUCCACUUUUUUACGGUAUUAUUCCAAAUCUAAGAGUAGGAACACCCACACUAUACAGCCCCUCAAUGGCCCAGGGCUCCCCUUCCCACCAAAUUCUCCACCUCAAGAUUGUUGCAACUGAAUUUCAGGCUUGACAUAGAGCCACUUGAACUCUGAUCGUGGGAUGACCGGAUCCGACUUCACAGGGUUGGUUUGUUGUCUGUUACCAUGGAGACAAUAGGUCUAUAUAGGAGCUUUUUUUUUAUUAUUAUAACCCAUUGCAGAUUUGCUACAUUUCUCAUUUUAGACACUUUUUGACAAAAAUAACUUUGUGAAGGUGGACAUGGCAUUUAAUCUGAUUCAUGUUGUGGGUCGGGGCGCCCCCUUUAUGGCAUUCUAUAGAUGCCAUUUAGUAAAGUACCCUAUAACCUAAAUCGGAUAAAACACUAUGGCUGCCUUCACAACCCGAUUAUUAUAAUUUUUUUGUCCCAGUGAAUCCAAAAUGAAAAAUUAAGCAGCUUUGCAAUAGGUGAAAAUACUAAACUUCCUUCAGCUCCUAUACAGACCUAUGUGUCUCCAUGGUAACAGACAGCAAACAAACCCCGUGUAGUCUGAUCUUGCAGUUAUUACCUGCUACCUGUACUUCUUGCUACACUACCAAUGUGUGGCAAAUGGAGGGAAAUUUGGUGUCCAAGGUGGACCUGGCCUUAAAAGGGGCUUACCGGUAAUAACUUUUUAUCACGUGUCCGCCGCCUGACCCCUGAAACAGAAGAUUCAUAUUUACUUGCUCCGCCAUGCGGCCCCCAUCUUCCAGUCCCGGCGCUGUUUACAUCCAGCUGGCCACUGGCAUGGUCACACGCUCUGCACCAGCCAAUGACUGGCUUCAGUGGUGACGUGGCCAGGAGCUGCACAUCACCGUUGAAGCCAGUCAUUGGCUGGAGCAUGCGUGUGACCAUGUCCAUCCACUGCCAGGUGUAAGCCGUGCGGGGCGGAGGAUUGGAGUGGACUAGAGCAGGUAAGUGUCAAUCUUGUGUUCCAGGGGGCAGGCAGCAGGCACUUGAUAAAAAAUAAUUAUUAUUAUUGGAAAACCUCUUUAAUGGCUCCUUGGGGAGCGGUUCAUAGAGCAAAGGUAUUGCACCCUGUGCAUUUUUAGGUGAUCUGUACGAUGUCCUAUGUACAGGGACCUGUCCUUCAGAUUACUUUUGCUAGAUUGCAGGUCACGUGUCAUUCCAAUAUCUUAUGGGGGAAACUCCGGCAUACAGUAUGUGUCACACAUGCAACUUUAUGGACCCCAUAAAAAUAGCCUUGGAGCAAUAGCCUAAUUUUCCUCUGUAUUUCUCCCUCCUUAGCACGGUCAGUGAGAGAACCCCAUUUACUGUGCGCCAAUUAUACAAGGGGUCGCUCUAUGGACCUCUCAAGUUCUGUGCUGAUCUCUUCUAGGUAUUCUCCAUCCUAUAUCCUGUAGAUCAGACAUGGCAGCCCGGUAUGUGUCUUAGCUCAAUGCCCCACGUUACAUGCAGAUUUCUGUCUGCUGCUAUGGAAGGACAGCAGGUCGUCAGUUUAAUAACUUUGUCCAUUGAGCAUUGACAUGACUUGGGAGCGUUUCCCCUUUAAGUAAAUGGAAAAAAGACACCAUAGUCAACUGCUUGACUUAUCUAUUACUACGGGACAUAACUGACAUGAAUGACUGUGGGACUUGGUGACAAGCCCCAUAGAAGCGCCAAGGUUUUUUUGUUUGUUUUUUAUUAGGGGAAAUGAUUUAUAACUCACAAUAGCCAAUUGGCAUCAACUGUCAGCAGCCUUAAUCUUGCACCCCAUUAUUAAAGGGGUUGUACAGGAUUACAAGAACAUGGCUGCCUUCUGCCGAAACCAAUGAGAUGUUUCUGGUAUUGCCUCUUGGCUCCAAUAAAGUAAUUUGGGGUGAGCUGCAGUACCACACGCAAACUGCAGACGAGUAUGGCGCUGUUUUUGGAAGAAGCAGCCAUGUUCACGUCAACACCCUGCUGAGAUAUACCACUAUGCUGUACGGUAACAUUCCAUAAUCUGGAUUACAAUGUGAACAACGAAAUGCUGAUUAUGGUCCAUGUAGGAUGACUCUUUUCAGUGGUCGGGGGUCCAUUAAAACGCUACUACCUACGUGCAGGAGAUGAGCCAUGCUGCUGGCCAACACUCCGGCUUUUGUAGUCCCAUUAAUGCCAUGCAGAAUCUAUUAGAGGGGAGACGUAGCCCCCCAAAUCCUGCCCCAUUGACAUACAUGAGCUGCUGGGAAUACCCAGCCCAUAGACACUCAAGGGUAUCUGACCACCCCCUAGAUAUUAUAUUAUUGCAUGCUGGGACUAAAGCUUACCCUAUACCAAUCACGUGCGGGGACCUGCAAUAAUGAAUACCUACAUUCAGGGAGAUUUGUUUUCAGGGAUUGUCUAGUUUUUAAUGUACGAAAAUAAAAAAUUUAUGCCUAAGAGGAAAUGUCACUGUACGGAAUACAGGGAAACUUUGUAGUUUUUUUUUUUUUUUUUUAGUCCAAUAUUUUUUUUUUCCUCUUUUAGUAAAUAAAAUUCUAUUUAUCCUAUUUUAAAGAGCUCUUAAGAACCAGAAAUGAAGGACUCCGUGCAUUUUCCCCGUUUUUUUUUUGUUUUUUUUUGUCUCUGGAUGACUAUUUUCAUACUAGAAUGAUUUAUUCAACGAGAAUGACAGUAUAUAUAGAUAUAUUUCUAUUUUUUAAAUUUCAUGUAACAUUUUUUCCUGGGAGAAAAAAAAAAAUCUGAAUUUAUAUUCGAUAAAGCUUUAGGAUACUGCAGAUUCUAUUAUUGCACCCGGUCAAAUGGUCUGUAAUGGCGCCAGAACCUGCUCGGUUGCCGUUUCUUAAAUUGGUGGGCUGAAACGCGUCAGGCUUUAACAACAAUGAAAAAAAAAGUCUGGAGGCAAACAGCUGGGUUUCAUGAUAAGUGUGUGACUAUAUGAAUUCUCCUGCUGUUCCAUGGUUACUGUCUGUACUUCAUCCUGUAGGCUUUAGAUGAUGGCGCCCCGUUUUAUGUCACAGAAACGCAGUAUGAAACAGAACGCGUUGAGUGACCUUCUGUCGUCUGCUCCGUGCUGAAGCAUUUCUCUAGAAGUACCAUUCCAAUCACUGGCAGUCGUGUGAAACUCUUGUUUUGUACAUUUAAAGGCAGUCACCAGGGGAACGUCAUUUAAUAAACUCUCUGUUUGUA